UUUAUUUUCAGAUGCACGCGGUGGGCCUGCACUCGGCGCUCGCCAUCCGCCGCGAGCGCAAGCGCCGCGCCGAGCAGCAGCGCGCGCGCGAGCGCCGCUACUCCCUCCAGUCCUCAGAAUCUGGAGUCACUUCCCCUCACUGCUCCACCGGCAGCCUCGAAAGACGACGCUUCCGAAAAACUAGAACCACCGACAAUGAGGUCGUUUCCUCUGUUGGAAUGCUCCACCUUGGAGUUGUUUUCGUCGUCCUUGGAGUAUUCCUCAUCGCGUCUGGCUGGCUACCGGAUAACGUCACGUCAUGGAGCAGUAUAGGAUCCGUGAGCUGGUUCAAUGAGCUGGUAUGUUCGGGACUUUUCGCGUUAACGAUCGGCAUAUUCUUGAUUGUGCUGCACAAAUAUUUGACUAAAAGCGAGGAAGAAGCGUUGGAAGAUUAUGUGCAGAGGCAGUUGACGCGAUCCCGUUCCGGACACAGACUGGAGAGAGAUGCAGAGACCGGUGGCAUGCAUACUAAAAACGCGAGGCGAGCGCGAGCCACCGAAGUGUUGCCGGAAACGAUGAUAGAAACUUAUUCAGAACCGCCACCAGAUCGAGCCCAUGGAUUCGUUAACGCUUUGGCUUUGAAUGGUGACGCGCUUAGAGAGUCGCCACUUGAGCAGAUUGUAGAAGAAGAAGUCUCUGUCGCAUCAGAGAACGAGAGGAGGCUGGGUAGAUUCAACAAGGACACAUAUUCGACACCUUCAGUGGCGAUGAGUCUUAGCCCCGGUUCGCCUUCCGACACCAAAGAGCUCCUAUCUGACGGACGUUACAUGAUCAUGUCACGCAUGUGAGAUCAGGACCAUGACACAUUUCGAAAUUUCACUGAAUCCGAGCAUUAUUUCUCUGGGCUCUAAACUUUUGAAAUGUAAUAACAUUAUAAUUUAUAUAAAUCUGGGAUUUCACGCCACAGCCAACGAAUCUACUGUACCUUAUACAAUCUUUUCUGGAGUCAAAGAUAUCGGAACUUGCCUUAACAGGGCGAUGUUCGGAGAGUUGUAGUGAUGAACAUUACAGACAAAGUGAAUCAGA